GCCAUCAGCUACCUGUGGUAUAAAGUCCUGCUUUCCGGUGUAAUUAACGGUUUUCUGUGCUGAAAGUAAAAUGUCUGCCCCGCCGGAGCCUCCGGACCAGGAGCACUUUGAGCAAUUCUUCACCGUGUUUGACGGCUCUUCUCCGGAGGACGUGUCCCAUGCCAGGCAGCUGUGGAGCUCCCUGUCCCUGCUGCCACCGCUGGAGUCCCGGCUGGUGUCGGCAGACAUCCGCCAGAGACUGCCGGUGUCCCGGCCGCAGCGCAGCAGCACCGCCGGUCCCAAACAGUGGGCCCCGGAGCCGCCGAGGGGCCCCGCCGUCCGGCAGAGGCAGGAGGAGAGGCAGCGGUAUGCGGACAUGGCCGACCAGAGGAGGGAGACCCUGGCGCUGCUGGGGAGGCAGAGGGAGCAGCGGGUCCGGAGGGAGCUGGUUUCUGUGGACUUUAAACCGAAGAUGAAGUCCAAAGAGAAAGUGCUGAGAGUACAGAAACCUGCAGACUGUGAGAUGGACCCGGAGCUGGUGAAGCAGCUGCAGUAAAACAACCUGACUAACUGUUUAAAAAGGCUUCACAUGUACAGAAGCACAAAUGUGCCCAAACACG